AUGUCAGCGUCGAACAAUUCCCCAGACACUAACGGGAGCGCCCAUGAUUACUCCACCGCUGAAGAGGCUAGCAGCUCCGGUCCGUCGCUCGAAAUCGACAGCGAGGACACUGAGGGACAAAGCGACGAACGCGACUCCGAUUUUGGUGAUUCUGCUUACGGUGACAACCAAUCUUCCUACACCAUGUCCGCAACCUCUUCAGUGUUCCACUUUCGCUAUGAGAAUGGCAGACGGUACCACGCCUAUGCCGAGGGAAAGUACCCGGUACCCAAUGAUGAGGUGGAAGCAGAUCGACUAGACCUACAACACCACGCAUUUAGACUUACACUAGAUGGCAAGUUAUAUCGUGCGCCUAUCCCCAAGGAUGUACAAAACGUGCUCGAUGUAGGAUGCGGCACUGGUAUCUGGUCUAUUGAGUUCGCUGAUGAGCAUCCGUCCGCUCGUGUUCUCGGUACCGAUCUAAGUCCCAUCCAACCCGCGCAAGUGCCUCCCAACUGUGAAUUUCUCAUCGAUGACUGCGAACAAGACUGGAUUUUUCGUGAUCAGUUCGAUUACAUCCAUACGAGAGCCAUGGUGGCAGCCAUCAAGAACUGGGAUCGCUUCUUCGAACAGGCCUACGCCAACCUCAAGCCAGGAGGCUACCUGGAGUGUCAAGACAUCGCCUUUCCCAUAAGAUGCAUGGAUUCUGGUGUUACAGUAGAAGACUCUCCCCUGAUCCGCUGGUCGGAGUACUUUCUUGAAGCCGCUAAGAAGAUUGGCCUUGAUGGUACUUCACCAAGGCACUUCACGCCACAGCUUCGUAAUGCUGGCUUCAAAAAUAUCAACCUCAAGUCGUACAAAUGGCCUGUUGGCAAGUGGGCAAAAGGCGCGAGGUUCAAGUUACUCGGUCGCUUUGUUCACGAAGAUCUGAUGGACUGGCUCCCAAGUAGUUCACUCGGGUUAUUCACACGCGUGUUGAAGUGGUCGCGGGAAGAAGUGGAAGUUUUUCUAUCUGAGUGUAGAGCGGAGGCAAAGAGGAAAGACCGACAUUACUAUGCUGAUGUUUUCUUCUAUCACGCCCGCAAGCCGGAAGGCGCAAACUAUUCAAAUCUGGAACAAGAUUUUGUGUCAUGGGAGGAAUCAAUAGAUCGUGAUGAAGAAGACGACGGACACCAUGCGAGGCCAUCAACCACAAACUCUACUUCUUCGGCACACACUACGGCUGGCCCACCUGCUGCUUCCGCUACCAAAGAAAAUAACACAUCGGAGAAAGGCGCCAAAAGCUCCACUACCGAAGACUCGACAACACCAACAUUGCAUACUCGAACUGAGAAGCCGGUCGUCACUGACAGCGAUAGUGGGAAAUGA